AUGGCUGACCUGAGCUUCAUCGAAGAUUCCGUGGCCUUCCCGGAGAAGGAGGACGAUGAGGAGGAAGAGGAGGAGGGUGUGGAGUGGGGCUACGAGGAAGGUGUUGAGUGGGGCUUGGUGUUUCCGGAUGCUAAUGGGGAGUACCAGUCUCCCAUUAACUUGAACUCAAGAGAAGCUCGAUACGACCCCUCACUGCUGGAUGUCCGCCUCUCCCCGAAUUAUGUCGUCUGCCGGGACUGUGAGGUCGCCAACGAUGGGCACGCCAUUCAGGUUAUCCUGAAGUCAAAAUCAGUUCUAUCCGGAGGUCCAUUGCCUCAAGGGCAUGAAUUUGAGCUGUAUGAAGUCAGAUUUCAUUGGGGAAGAGAAAACCAGCGUGGUUCUGAGCACACAGUUAAUUUCAAAGCUUUUCCCAUGGAGCUCCACCUGAUACACUGGAACUCCACCUUGUUUGGCAGUAUUGAUGAGGCUGUGGGGAAGCCCCAUGGAAUCGCCAUCAUUGCCUUGUUUGUUCAGAUCGGAAAAGAACAUGUAGGCCUGAAGGCUGUAACUGAAAUCCUCCAGGAUAUUCAGUAUAAGGGGAAGUCCAAAACAAUACCUUGCUUUAAUCCUAACACUUUAUUACCAGACCCUCUGCUGCGCGAUUACUGGGUCUACGAAGGCUCUCUCACUAUUCCACCCUGCAGUGAAGGCGUUACCUGGAUAUUAUUCCGAUACCCUCUAACAAUAUCCCAGCUACAGGUGAAGAAAAAAGGUCUUGGAAGUAAAGUGAGAAUGCCAGUUAUUUCUAUUGAAGAAUUUCGAAGGCUGAGGACACACGCAAAAGGGGCAGAGCUUGUGGAAGGCUGUGAUGGGAUUUUGGGAGACAAUUUUAGACCCACUCAGCCACUCAGUGACAGAGUCAUUAGAGCCGCGUUUCAGUAG